CAUAUUUAUAACCACAGGGGAAGCCCAUGCAUUGGUAAAUCCAAAUAUUCCUUUCUGAUUGGUCACUGAUAGACUCUAUUAGCCAGUAAAGAGUAACAAGUCUCAUUGGAUGCUUGUUGAAGAGCAGUGAGAAAUGGCCGAGGCUGAACAGUACACAGUGUAUGAAGCAGACAGUCAGCAGCCCCUCACAGUAACGGUCAACCCUGAAGACGGCCAGGCCGUCCAACAUGUGCAGGGUAUCCAGUACAUAACACAGGAUGGAGUGCAGGUUGCCCAGCUCCAUGGCCAGCCAGGGGUCAUUCAGGUAUCAGAUGCUCAAACUAUCUACACAACGCAAGGUGGUUCUUCCUUCACCUCUCUCGCAUCAACACCAUCUACACAGGUUGUGGCCAAUGCUGCCAACGUGAUUGCCUCUACUGGUCAAACGAUUGUCCAGCCAACCUCGGUUGUCCAACAGGGGGCCAAUGUUAUAGGCACACAACCAGUGAUACAAGGAAAUGGUACCACCACCAUCAACCCUGGGGGAAUCCCCCAGAUGCUGUUCCUCAACCAAGUUACUAUCAAUGGACAGACAUCCUUUGUAUUGGUGGAUGCCAACAAUAAACCAGUACAGCUGCCACAAGGUAUUCAAGUUAUCAAUCUCCCGUCACAACAACCAGGAGGGCAACAACUACCCAUGCCUGGCUCUGAGUCAGGGGAUGAGCCACUUUAUGUGAAUGCAAAACAGUACCAUCGGAUACUGAAACGAAGGCAGGCCAGAGCCAAACUGGAAUCUCUAGGAAAGAUCCCGAAGGAGAGACAGAAAUACCUGUAUGAGUCGCGACAUCGGCACGCCAUGAACAGACAGAGAGGAUCAGGUGGGGUUUUGUCGGAGGAGAAGAGGACGGUCCCGCCCCCAACAUCAAGCCACUUGAUGGAAAAAACAAUCACCAGGUGUUUCAGGAAACACAGGUGCUACACUCAGAGGGAGGCCCAGUCAUUCACCACACAGGACAAGCUGCAGAGAUGCUUACAACCCUCGGGACAUAGGAGAUGUACAGACAUUGUGGUGGGACAUCUUACAGAUGCUGUCGACAUGUUUAUAGAAUUGUACAUACAAUUUCUACUGUGCUAUUAACCAAAUUAAUGAACUGAAGUUGGGGCUGUAAUGAUUCACUGGUAUCAAUGUGAUGACCAGAUACAUGUCUCUUGUUGCGUGGGGACGGUGGGGUAGCCUAGUGGUUAAAGCGUUGGCUCGUCACGGCGAAGACCCGGGUUCGAAUCCCCACAUGGGUACAAUGUGUGAAGCCCAUUUCUGGUGUCCCCCGCCGUGAUGUUGCUGGAAUAUUGCUAAAAGCGGGCGUAAAUCCAAACUCAGUCAGUCAGUCUUGUUGCGCGGAUACAAAACAAUGCUGGUAUUAAAUGGGAAACAUAUAUAAAUGACUGAAGUCAGGGAGGCAAUUUGGACAUAUUCAUAGUUUAUUCGAGCUUACCGACUUCGGUUCCAAUACUCAAAUGUCUGUAGCAUUACAGACUAUCAUAAGUAUAUAGUUUAUCACAUUCUUACAAAUAUCGUAGUGUUACGAAUGCUUUGUGGAUCUCCCCCCUGGUGUCACUAGUAGCCAUGUGCAUCGUGUCAGCCCUCAACUUCUGUAUUGUACAUUUAUCAGACAAUGGUGCAGACAUUUCCAUUUGUAUUAUAUCAUGUCGAGGGUUCCUGCCCUCGGUCAUCUGUUGUUAAAUUGCAUGCUCCUUUGUUGUAUUAUAUCUCAAGAUGCUCAAAGUAGAGAGUAGUUAAAGAUAGGUUUAUCAUGAGUUGAUCCACAACUAUAUGACUACAGCUGUCCUACAGGGAUGGACACACUGCACAGUCCUAUAGGCGGAACGUGAUGGUUAACACUGUUUAAAUAUGGAGAAGGAAAGAUAUUUUUGGAUAUAACCAUACUGUUAAGAAUCAAAGAUUAGGAGUCCCUUCUAGAUUCAAAGAUUAUACCAACAAAACUGGAGGACAACAGUCCACCCCUAAUUUCUAAAGCUGUCAAGUUAAGAUUUAAAAUUUAUUGUCACAUCGGCAAUAUUUCAGCCAUAUCGAGAUCUGUCAAGACAUCAGGGGCAGAGCAAUAAGUACCAUGACAUUUACAUUAGUGUUUCAACAAACAUGAUCAUAUAUUGUAGUUACUGACAUUAUUUUGUUUCCAUCUUUCACCAAAUCGUCUGUUUAUUCCUAUUUUGAUACAUGGCCCAAUAUCCAUUUGCACGAAAACUAAACUAGAUUGAAGAGAACACUGUUGAUAUGUGUAUGAAUACAGUCAGCGACUAGCCACUAGUCUGAAGCCUGGGUCCAGUAGAGUUCACUCGGGUCAAGUAAGCUCAGCUCAGAAAUAACAGAAUCUGCUGGAAAUAAUGCUUUUAGAUAUUUUGGGGCUAGUAGAUGCAAAUGUUUGUAGCAUAGACUGCCUGUACCACUGUUGACAGAGCACGGUAAGGUUAUGCUAGUGAGAAAGUUUUCUUCAUGUAGGCUGUUAAAGGACAAACAACAUUGCCAGUACCUCUUAUUUAUCACUAAUAUGAAGGCAAGGAAAGUAUUUUCUUCUUGCUGAUGGGGUUAACCUCUUUGGUCAUGUGGACAAGGCUUCUGACGAGGGGUGGAAUGGUACCAUCUUACCGUGGUACAAAGCCUUCGGUUUGGUCUGUUUCGGUCCGAUAUAUGAGAUAUGAUCAUAAUGCAGACAAUUGAUAACAAGAGCCUAACCUUACGUUGUUUAAUAGCAUGCACAAAAAAUAACCAGAAUCUUUAUUUUGAAUGAACAAAACUGUCAUUUUAUGACUCGAUAGAAAUAACGGUACAAAAAC